AUGGCGGCGCCGACGCACUUCACCUACCCUUUUGCGACCUCGCCAGAUGUAAUUCGUUCACACCAGAAAGACGCCUACUUCUCUGGCGCCCUCAUCGACCAACUCAGCACGCUUCUGCGCAAGAUCUACGGCGCCCGCUUCGUACAUACACACAUAUCCGAGACUCGUGUAAUCGGCGAGUUACUAUACCUAGCUCUCACAACGGCGAUAGGGAAUCGCACACUAGGCGAAGAGUACUGCGACAUCGUACAAGUCGAGAAUGAGACAGGACGGCUACCUGCGCUGGGCAGGCGUGCCGGCUACAUUCUGAGCUGCGUACUUGGGCCAUAUAUGCUGGGCAAAAUACUGCCUAAGUUGAGGAGGCGGAUGAGAGCAAAGCUUGAGGCGAACCUCAAGAGAUACGGGAGGAUACAAGUCAAGGCACAGGAAGGUGGGAAGAAGGCCAGCAGACCGCUGGGUAUGAGGGUGCAAGGUUACAUUCUCGAGAACCUCGACACUAUCACAUCGCCAUCGCCGGUGUAUGCGCUAUCGUUGGCGACAUUCUACUUCUCGGGGAGCUACUACCAUUUGAGCAAGAGGAUAUGGGGACUGAGGUAUAUCUUCACGCGGCAGGUGCAAGAAACGGACGCAAGAGUUGGUUACGAGGUUCUUGGUGUCCUUCUGGUGCUGCAGAUGGCAGUACAGGGAUAUCUACAUCUUCACAACACCAUGACAAGCGCAGACAUCAGCGCGGCUCUGCCGACCGGUACCUCAGCCGUGGUUGGUGGUGGUGCAGAAGUUUCGCUCGACCCAAAUGCGUACAGCGCGAACAACGCGCUCCUUUUCGAUGUUCCGACGCCACCUCCCGCUGUCUCGUCCGAUCUGCAGAAGUGGACACACACACCGGCGAAUGAGAAACCAAAAUUCGAGCUCGAGAAUGAGGAGAUAAUGGGCUGGAUAAGUGGAGGCAACAGGAAGUGCACGUUGUGCUUGGAAGAGAUGAAGGACCCUAGCGUCACCACCUGCGGGCACGUCUUCUGCUGGACCUGCAUCAGCGACUGGGCGAGGGAGAAGCCGGAGUGUCCGCUAUGCAGACAGAGCUGUUUGGUACAACAUAUUCUGCCGUUGAGAGGAUGA